AUGAGUCAAAUACCAGGAAAGGAGUUAAAUGGAACAACUGCCCGAAGUCAGGAUCUGACUCCGUGUACAACCUGUGGAAGAUAUUUUGCACAAGAUGUUCUGCUGAGACAUGAUCCAAUAUGCAAGAAAGUCUUCAACAAGAAGUGCAAGCCCUUCAAUUCUUUGAAACGGAGACUGCAGGGAACAGCUAUCACCACUGUGAAGAAGCAGACCCUGCAAAAGAAACAGCCAGUGAAGAAAUCUAACUGGAGGCAGCACCAAGAGGAUUUUAUUAAUACUAUUCGAUCAGCCAAGCAGGUCACAAAAGCUCUGAAGGAGGGUCACCCUCUUCCACCUCCUCCCCCACCAAGCAGCAAUCCAGACUAUAUUCAGUGUCCACACUGCUCACGAAGAUUUAAUGAGGCUGCAGCACAGAGGCACAUCAGGUUUUGUGAUGAACAGGCUGCCCACCGUGUUGCUGCAAAGACCACCAGAAAGACUUCACGCAAGCAACCGGUCACUCAGAAAAAAACCCCAACAUUAACAACUGCUGUGUCAUUUCUUCAGAAGAGAAUACAAGAAGGUGCCAAUACAGAUGAACCCUGUCCAGACCAUGUGGGCAGCGUUGGUCAUGCAGAGCAAUGUCAGAGAAGUGAGAAGGCCUUCCAGUACCUGCUUAAGGUGGUUGUGGUGCUGUUGCGCAAGGAGAUGGCUCAGGUGAUCAGCAUCUUGUACCCCUGA